GAAGAGAAGAAGAACCAAUUAGCGUCUGAUAUUCAUGGAAUCCCGAUUAGCUUCAGAAGGACGGAUGGAAGAAGAAUGGAAGCUUUCCAUCCCCAUUGGAAUCAAAUUCCGGCCAAACGACGUAGAGAUGAUUGACUAUCUCUUUCGAAAAGUAUACCGAAUGCCGAUCUAUCCGGGGAUUGUUGCCGAAGCUAAUGUCUACGACUACGAUCCAGCAGAUCUUAGAGAUAUCAGCUUUGACCAUGGCGAUGGUGUAUUCUAUUUCUUCACCCCUACAUACAGAAGAUGCCGAGGUGGAAAUAGACCUAAUCGAAAAGCUGCAGGCAGAGGAUAUUGGAAAGCGAAUGGAAGCGAACAACCAAUAAAAGAUUCUUGCAACAAGGUGGUAGGAGGCAAGAGAAUGCUGGUUUUCUUUUAUGAUAAACCUUGUGACAAAGAUAUCAAGAAGUCAAAAACCAAGUGGAUAAUGUAUGAAUACAAGCUCCCAACAGAUAUCAACCCUUUUAUACACUACAAUGAAGGCAUAGAGAUGCUAGAUACAAUGGUUUUAUGUAAGAUUUAUCGCAAGAAAGAAUCUACACUCCAUCAAAGACAACAAGAAGGAAAACAACAGCACCAACAAGAACAAGAACAACAGCAACAACAACAAGAGCGGGUACAGGCACCUGCACCAUCAAUGACAGUACUGCCUCCAAACUCCGAGCUUGACAAUGAUAAUUUCUUUUUAUAUUGUGAAGAACUUCCGCCCCUUCUGCCACUUUGGGCAUAA